AUUUGUUCGUGUAGAUCUCUUUCUCUCUUCAUCACAAUUCUCCUUCUCUCUAUCACAAAUUCUCUCUCUAUUUAAUUUUAUUAAUUUUGGUAAAACUGAAAUGUCUAGUGUUUUAAAUUUCUUGGAAAAUAAAUCCAUUUUAAUUACUGGUGGAGCUGGAUUUUUAGCAAAAAUAUUUGCAGAGAAAGUGCUAAGGACUCAACCAAAUGUUAAAAAGCUCUAUCUUUUAAUUAGGGCAGCAGAUAAUAAAUCAGCUUUACUAAGAUUGCAGAAUGAGGUAAUUGGAAAAGCCUUGUUCAAGGUUCUAAAGCAAAAGAUGGGUUCAAACUUUAAUUCCUUCAUAUCAGAAAAGAUUAGUGUGGUGGCAGGUGACAUUACUUGUGAAGAUUUAGGAAUUAAAGAAUGUAAUAUUAAGGAACAAUUAUGGAGGGAAAUUGAUGUUAUUGUCAACUUAGCUGCAACUACCAACUUUGAUGAGAGGUACGAUUUAUCAUUGUAUCUCAAUACGUUUGGAGCUAAGCAUGUCCUGGAUUUUGCUAAGAAAUGCACCAAUUUUCAGGUUUUAGUACAAGUAUCAACAGCUUAUGUAUCGGGUGAAAGGGGAGGACUAAUACAAGAGAGUCCCUACUACAAGGGUGAUACCCUUAACGGGAGACCUGGUCUUGACUUUGAAUUUGAGAAAAAGCUUAUUAAAGAAAAAUUACAAGACCUUGAAGCUGAGGGUGCUAAUGAAGAAGCUAUCAAAUAUGUUAUGAGGGACAUGGGACUUGAGAGGGCAAAGCAUUGGGGAUGGCCAAAUGUGUAUGUAUUUACAAAGGCAUUAGGAGAGAUGUUUCUAAUGCAUGAAAAAGGAGAUAUCCCUCUUGUCAUACUUCGUCCUACAAUUGUAACCAGCACUUUCAAAGAACCUUUCGCAGGUUGGGUUGAAGGUAUUAGGACAAUUGAUAGUUUAGCUGUUGCAUAUGGCAAAGGGAGGUUGCCUUGCUUUGUUGGUGACCCUGAUUCUGUUGUUGAUGUGAUUCCAGGUGAUAUGGUAUCGAAUGCGAUUCUAGUAGCAGCAAUGAUACAUGCAAAUGAAAAGGGAAAUCCAAGGAUAUACCAAGUUGGAUCAUCUGUUAAAAACCCAACAACAUUUUCAACGUUGCAUGAAGUUGCAUACCAGUAUUUUCAACGCCAUCCAUGGAUUAACAAGGAAGGAAAACCUAUCCAAGUUGGUCAUGUUAGGGUUCUUGGCUCUAUGGAUAGCUUCAAGAGAUACCUUACUCUUCAUUACCUCCUUCCCUUGAAGGCACUAGAAUUAGCAAAUAUUGCAUUUUGCCAAUCUUUUAAAGGCACAUUCAUGGAACAAACAAGAAAAAUCAACUUUGUGAUGCGGUUGAUAGACAUUUACAGGCCAUAUUUAUUCUUCAAGGGCAUAUACGAUGACAGCAACACCGAGAAAUUAAGAAUUGCAGCAAGAAAUAGAGGAGUAGAAACAGACAUUUUCUACUUUGAUCCAAAGGCUAUUGAUUGGGAAGAUUACUUCAUGAAUAUUCAUCUUCCUGGUUUAGUCAAAUAUGUUUUCAAGUGACCAUUAAAAAAUAAAUUUAUUAUUUAUUAAAAUGUUUAAUUAAACAGAAAUUUUUAUUUAUAUUUGUUCAAUACAUGAUUUGUAAUAUGUUAUUUUGUAAUGGUUUAGUCAAAAAUGUUUAAUAUGUUAUUUGUAAUAUGUUAUUUUUAUUUAUAUUUGUUCAAUACAUGGUUGUUAUCAA